CGGCGGUGCGGAACCGGGCAGCACUGCACCAACCAGGCGCGGCUUCAUUUGCGUGCUUUACUGUUAAAGAAAAAAAAUGUCCAUCUCUUUCACAAGCUGACUGAUACAUUUCCACUCACAGGCGGGCAUUUCACUGUGUAAAUAUGAGCGCUGGGAAGCAGAGGACCUUAUUCCAGACUUGGGGUACCCGUGUGCCCCAAAACCAGGGUCAUUCCGCGCCGCCAACGACAGGCAACGACGUGCACGCAAAAAGAAAAGCAAGCAGCAGCGACAGUGGUGCUAAAAACAAGAAUAACAGCAACAACAACGCCUUGAAAACUAAGCCUGCGCCAGCGCUGCUGUGCCGGAAUCCGCUCUGGGGGGAGAUCGGUUCUCGCACAGCGGGGGACACUGUCACUGCCGCCGGCACCGACGGUGGGUUUGAAGAUGACAGUGACGACGAUCUGAUGCUGGUUGCGGUUUACGAAGCCGAAAAGAGCUUGGAUGCGUCCGGAACCGGCGAUCUGCGCACGGGAAAGCCACCGCCAGAAGCGGCAGCCCUGCCACAAAAAACGGGCAAUGCGCCGAUCGCCAUUGAAAACUUGCCUGGGUUUGACAUCUCCUCCGCCGAUGUCUGGAUCUAUCCCACCAACUACCCCGUCAGGGAUUACCAGUUCAGUAUUUCCCAGGCCGCUCUGUUUCAGAACACGCUGGUGUGUCUGCCCACAGGGCUGGGGAAGACGUUCAUUGCCGCCGUGGUGAUGUAUAACUUCUACCGGUGGUACCCGUCUGGCAAGAUCGUAUUUUUGGCUCCUACUAAACCCCUGGUGGCCCAGCAGAUCGAAGCCUGCUACAAGGUGAUGGGGAUCCCACAGGAGCACAUGGCUGAAAUGACCGGAAGCACGCAGGCGCUGAGCCGCAGGGAGCUCUGGAGCCAGAGGAGAGUCUUCUUCCUGACCCCGCAGGUCAUGGUGAAUGACCUGUCCCGAGAGGCCUGCCCUGCCGUCCAGAUCAAGUGUGUGGUGUUUGACGAGGCUCACAAGGCUCUGGGUAACCACGCGUACUGCCAGGUCGUCAGGGAGCUGGGUAACCACACCAGGCAGUUCAGAGUCCUGGCUUUAAGUGCCACACCGGGCAGCGACGCACGGGCAGUACAGCAGGUGAUCUCUAACCUGCUGGUCUCCCACAUCGAGCUGCGUUCAGAGGAGUGCCCCGAUAUCCAGGCCUACUCACACCAGCGCAGCGUGGAGAAGUUUGUGGUGCCUCUAGGGGAGGGGCUGAAGGCACAUCAGAACAAGUAUCUACAGGUGCUGGAGGUGUUUGCAGGACGGCUGGUCCGGUUGAACGUCCUGCCUCGAAGGGACAUCCACAACCUCACCAAGUACCAGCUGGUCCUUGCUCGAGAGCAGUUCAGGAACAACCCUCACCCCCACAUCGCUGUAGCGCAGAAGGGAACUGUAGAGGGAGACUUUGCCCUCUGCAUCAGCCUGUACCACGGCUAUGAACUGCUGCUCCAAAUGGGGAUCCGCUCCCUCUUUCUCUUCAUGCAAGGCAUUAUGGAUGGCACUAAGGGCAUGACGAGGGCGAGGAAUGAGCUGAGCCGUAACCCUGACUUCAUGGGACUCUACCAGCAGAUGGAGGCAAUGUUUGUGGAUUCCAGCGGAGCUUCAGCCACACGAGCCGACAGACCAUUUGUUUACAGCCAUCCGAAGCUGAGGAAACUGGAAGAGGUGGUGGUGGAACACUUCCAGUGUUGGUCUCUGCGAGAAGGUCAGCCCUGUCCUGGAGGGGUGACGCGGGUGAUGAUCUUCUCCUCGUUCAGGGAAAGCGUGCAGGAGAUCGCUGAGAUGCUGAGCCGCCACCAGCCGCUCAUCCAAGUCAUGACCUUCAUGGGACAGUCCUCUGCGGGCAAGGGGGUCAGGGGCUUCACACAGAAGGAGCAGCUGGAGGUGGUGAAGAGAUUCCGGGAAGGUGGUUACAACACUCUGGUCUCUACCUGCGUGGGGGAGGAGGGCCUGGAUAUCGGGGAGCUGGACCUCAUCGUCUGCUUCGAUGCCCAGAAGAGCCCCAUCCGACUGGUGCAGCGCAUGGGCCGCACGGGGCGCAAGCGGCAGGGCAGGAUCGUGGUCAUCCUGGCAGAAGGCAGGGAGGAGAGGACCUACAAUCAGAGUCAGAGUAACAAGAGAAGCAUCUACAAGACAAUCCUGGGGAAGAGCAACUCCUUCCACAUGUACCAGAGCAGCCCACGCAUGCUCCCCGAGGGGGUGAACCCUGCCGCACACAAGAUGUACAUCGCCACCGGAGAGUUUGAGCACAAGAGCAAAUCCAAGCGCUACAGCACAGUGAGGAGAUCGGGCUCCGGUCUCCGGGAGUCCUUCCUACAGCCCAGGACUCCAGCUGCUCACCAGGGGAAUUCGAAGGGGGACGGGCUGCUGAGCCCGGAGGAGUUUCAGGUGUGGAGCGCAGUGUACCGCCUGCGGGACGAGCCACAGCCCAGACUGCCACGGGAGCCGUUCGCUUCCGUUCAGGAGCCCGACCUGAGAGACACUGAAUCCCAAGCCGGGCCCGGUGUUCGGGAGCUGUCUCUCUCCGAGUGGAGGCUCUGGCAGAACCGCCUCUUCCCCACUGAGCUGGUAGAUCACUCAGAGCGCUGCAAGCACUUCAGCGGCAUCAUGGAGACUGUGGAGCGCAUGAGGCAGGAGGAGGAGGAGGGAGACUGCAGUUACGCUUCGGCGCUGAUGCCGUACCUUCACAUGGAAGACGUUGUUGGGAGUACAGUCGGUGCAAAGGAUGGUUCUGUUCGUGCAGAAGAUCUCCAAGAUCAAACAGACCCCAAGGGCCCAAAGAGCAUUGGGGCUCAUCGGAAAGCUGUCAGCUCAAAGCAGAAACUCCCUCUGGGCCCAUCAGCCAGACCUAAAGAGGCAGAUAAAAACCUUCUGGAGUUUCAAGGGAGUUCAUCAAAGAGGGGGAUUUCAAGGGUUAACUCAGGGUCAUCAGACACCAGGGGGGUCAAUGCGGAGACGCCAUUCCCAGGAGAGGACCAUGCAAUCAAGGACAGGUCCAAAGAAAGCACGAACCAAUCGAAGCUCGCCAAGCUUUUCAAAACAAAGACUGCUCCUAUUUUGGUAAUGAAUGUGGAUUGUGAUUUUGAUACAGAAUGCGCUGUUAUCAAUAAGAAUCUGGAUCAGGUGGUUAAAACUGCAGCAGCAGACGAGACAAACAGUGCACCGGCACACAUCGGUCUUGUACGAGAUUCUUUGGAAACCGAAGAAGCUACUGAACGAAGUGUUAAAUUUAACCAGAAAGCCAGUUCAGAUACUGGGUAUAGUAGUUUAGUGGAUGCAACCCAGUUAGAUUUAGACAGUGUGUUUUAUUUGCCUGAACUGAAUGGCCCUUUAGAAUCUUGUGGAGUGAAAGAUGUCCCGGACAAUGUGAAAGAUGUUUUGGAAAGUGUAAGAAACUUUCUGACAAAGUCUCCUCCUCGUACGCUUGACAUUGAUUUUCCUCCAGAAGAGUCUCACGCUGAUCCCGAGAUCCAGUCCGAGUUAAAUCCUUUUCAUUUAAACUUCUCCUUGGUGGAUGUUUUGGAAAACGAUUGUGAAGAGGAAGACUCCAUUGUGGUUAAUGAUGUAGAAAAUGAACUGCUAGAUGCAGAUAAAGCGGAGGACUGGAAAGCACCAAUGCUUGAUGGCAGCCUGGCCCAAGACUCCAUCAGUAAAGCAGGGAGCCCAAGCUGGGAUGAUGUCUUUGAUGAAUGCAAUGUCCAUGAGGAAGCUUUGGACAAUGGUGGACAAGAUCCCAAAACAUUUGAGAAUUGUGAAACCUUGCACCAACCUCAAACUAUAGAACUGGAGUGUGGAACUAGCUUAAUUCUAGAUGAGGAAGACCAGCCGAGUCACGCACGCAGUAGGGUCCCCGCUGGACAUGAUGACAGCAUAAACUUAUUUGAAGAUGAUGACCUCUUUCUUGAGGUUAGUAUUCCGUGUCCGGCUCUUGACACCAGCAAGCAGUUUACUGCAGGACCAGAGCUGCAGCCAGAUGCCAUGAAGAAGAAUCUUCUGCUUCACCAGGAUGACGCUAGCCAUGGUGAGGCACAGUGUGGCCCUGAAGUGCCAGGCACACACAGAGAGGCUCCCCAUGUCGACCAGCACAAGUCCCCAGAGGAUGAAGGGAUGUUUGAUUGCUCGGGCGAGCUCUUCUCUGUUAACUUUGAUAUGGGGUUCUCACUUGAAGACUCUGGUGGUGAUGUCUCAGACAAUGGAAACGGAACUGUGAAACCAGAGGACACCAGCGAGACCCCUGCUGUUGACAGAGCUUCAGAGGUGGUUCUGUCGGAUGUCACCAGCUUCCUAGCUGCUGCGUCGUCCAGGUCUCUUAUUGAUCCUUUUGGCAGGAACUCGUCAACGCCGUUGGUACAUCAAACCAAGAGGGUUGUGGCUGGAGAUUUGAUCACACAGACGGCUUCUCCGUUUUCCCCUCUCUCCAUGAAAAAACAUCCAACACCUGCAGUGUUUUCCACACCACCUACCUCCUUUUCAAGUCCUGGGGUUCAGGGCCAGUGGGCUGGAGGAAGCCGCAAGCUCCAGACCGAGGAGUCGCUGCUUGGCAGUAGAAUAUGGACGCCCAAAAGCUUCAGCGCAAAGAAAAAUCCAGCAUCUAUCAAAAGAGUUUUACUACGGCCGGAAGAUUCAGACGAAAGACCAUCUUGUGACCUGAAGAAAAGCAAGCGAGGUGAAAAGAGGUUUCUGGACUCCCCUAUUAAAGUGGACAACAGCAGUGAGAGUGAGGAAGAGGUUGUUUUCAGAAGACGGGGUAAACGAACAAAGCCAAGUGUUCUGCGAUCUCCUGAGAACAAAAAUACCAGUGAUCUGGACUCCCCCUUUCAAGUAACCAGAACAUGUCAGGACCAGCUCAGCACAUUCGAGGAGUCGGAGAAUGAGGGCCAGCCUGGGCUCCAGCUGUCUGAUGAGGACUUUCAGGACACUUCGGUGAGGAGCUCCAAACAAGCUAGGCUUCUGAAAAACAGAAACGUCGGGAAAGGCUGGAGGAAGCCAGCCGGGCGCCUCUUCCUGGACGAGGAGGCGGAGCUGUCCGAGGGGGCGGAGGGCGUGUCGUCCGACGAGGACUCGGAGGAGGAACAUGACAACUCUCUGGAGGGCUUCGUCGUGGGUCACAGCCAACUCUCCCAGGGCUUGAACGAUUCUGAUAUGCAUGGGGUUUACCUGAAGUCUGUGCGGAGCCCCAUUGUCUACAACAAGUACAAGAUGGUUUACAAGCAAAAUCUUGAUGACAUGGCCGUCUUCUCCCAGAUUCCGGAGCAGGACGAGACAUACAUGGACGACAGCUUCGUUGUGCAUGAGGGAGAGGACGAGGAGGAGGGGGGGGGUUCUGGUCUGAGCGAUGAAGAUGAGGUGGGGGGAGUGGAGCUGCUCCAGGAGGACUCCUACGUUGGUGGGAGGAAGCAGUACCGCACGAGGAGACACGAGCGGCUGAAACAGGCCAGGGUCCUGGAGCCAGCAGACCAGCCAGCGCCGCACCCUCCCAAAGGGAAGAAGAAAGCCUCCCGAAUCAUUGUCCAGGAGGACUCCAGCGAGGAGGAAGAGAAGAGAAAAAUGAACCCGCUGCCUGAACCGCCCCCCCGUACUGACCGGCUGGACACCAACUUCAAGACGCCUCGGCCUGUCUCUUCAUCCUCUCUCCGGACAGUCAGGAAAUCCGGCCAGGGAAAGACCCUGGAGGAGAGGUGCCAGCUGAGGCUGCGCCUUGAAGCUUCCUUAUCAGAGGCUCUGGACUUUCAGCCUCCGAGCGGGGAGGGACGUUCGGCUUCCACGGGGAAGGAACCGCAGAGCAAAGCACCGCUUCAAAAGACGGAGAGCUCCUUCCUGAACCCUGAUCCCAGCAGCACUGUGAGGAGCAGCGGGUCCCCAGCUCCGUGCGUCCUGGUGGACAGUCGUGAGAUUGCAUCUGGCCCCGAGGUGAUCUCCUGCCUGCGGGUGAAGCACGGGCUCCGGGCCGAGGUCUGCUCGUUGGGCGGGUGCGACUUCAUCGUCAGCAACAGGAUGGCAGUGGAGCGGAGGGCCCAGUCUGAGAUCUCCCACAGCCAGAACCGCGGCAAGCUGGUCGAGAGAGUCCAGAGCCUGCGGGCAGCCUUCGAGAGGGUCUGUCUCAUCGUGGAGAAGGACAGGACUAAAGGAGAAACGUCAAGAAUCAUCCAGAGGACCCGGUACUACGACAGCACGCUGUCGGCUCUGCUCGGCGCCGGGACCCGGAUUCUCUUCAGCUCGGGUCAGGAGGAGACGGCCGGGCUGCUGGCCGAGCUAGCCCACGUGGAGCAGAGGAAGAACGCGGCCAUCACCGCCCCCCUGCAGGUGAAGGGUCACCAGCAGCAGGCCCUGCAGUUCUACCUCACCAUCCCCGGCGUCAGCUACGUCAGCGCUCUGAACAUGUGCCAUCGCUUCCGCUCCGUCUGGCACAUGGUCAACAGCUCUGUGGACGGCUUGGCUUUGGGUGCCUGCGUUGACCCCCAGAGAGCCGAGGAGAUCUUCCGCUACCUCCACUACUCCUUCGAUGCACAGCUGUUGCCAGACAGACCCGCCCCCGGGAGCAGCAAACGCAGCCUUUAAGCCUUUUCUUUAAAAGCCAUUAGCGGCAGUGCUGCAGCGGGCUCAGGGGCCACUUCUCCAGUGACUGGAUGGCAUGUGGAAUUGUGUCUGCUGUGCCCAGGAUUGUGGAGAGGAGCCCGGCAUGUCAUCCAGGCAGAUUGCGGUGUCUCUGGACUGCUGCGAGGCGGGGAUGGGGUUGUGCCUGCUGAUGUAGGAGUAGACCUGGCAAGGCAAAUGAAGUGGUCCACUAGCGGUUCUUCAGAGGUCAUGCUGUGGCUGGAUCAAGAGGUAUCAGAGGCCUCACAGUGGGCUGUCCGCUAGAUACUGCCUCUUUCAUCUUCAGACUAUUGAGAAUCCGAUCAGGUAACUCCAGGCACAUUAACCCCUUAUUGGUAUUCUCUGGUACUGCUCUUUAUAGUUCAAGUUGACAAUUAUGAAAACUUACAACAGGAUGGUGUGUUUCUUAUUCUUCGUACUGCCAGAUAGGGUAAUGUAUGCAUUUUUAUUUGAUAUGAAGUGUAAAUGUUAAAUGGCUUGAAACUGUGCAGGGAUCGUUUUAAAGAUUUUCAUUUCCCCCCCUGUAAAGUUUUAUAAUUUUUUUGGUAAUAUUCAAGAAUGCCUUGCAGGUUGCAGGUUGAAAGAAAUGACUGGACAAAGAGCUAACACUCUUUUUCUUUUUUUUUUAAAUGCACUUUAUUUGUUUUUUUGUCUCUGUGUAUAAAUUAAACUUUUCACAAAAUAUUCAGUUGUACAGAAGUCUUAGAAAAUAAUUUUGACAAAAUUGCAAAAUGAAGCUUGCAGUCUGGGUUUCUACCUUUGCAGUAACUUGCAUUCCAUCUACGACCAAGGAAACGAGGCACCAAGAGAAAGAGACCACAAUAACAUUUCACCGUUUCAUUUAUAUAUAAAAUAUACAUUU